AAUCCAUUCCAAUCCAAACCAAACCAUUCUUCAAUUAAUCAAUUUUGCUAGCCAUCGUCAUCAUCAUCAAGACCUUUUUCACGAUGGCCAGCAAAAAUGCGAUCAAAUGCAAUUCCAUUGCACUCAUAAUAUGCAUAGCAUUGUGUGCUCCAUUUCUAUCUAUGGCUGUAUUAACUUGCUGUGACUUGAAACCUGUUUUAGAUGCAUGCGAUUCCUACGCAAGACAUGGUGGAGAAUGUGUCUCACAAGAUUGUUGUUUCGAAGCUAUGAACCUAAAAAACAAUCUCAUCAAUUCUCAUCAAGAUUACGUUACUGCUUGCCAUUGCAUUCAAGAUGCUGCUGUCAAAACCCCUAACCUCAAUCAUACAGCUUUUUCAAUCAUCCCUGCGGGUUGUGGAAUUCAAUUGCCCUUCAAUUUUCGGGUCGAUAUGAAUUGUGACAGCUUGUAAUGUGCAACUUGAUCGCUCCAUUUGAAUGAUGAUGCUAUGGUGCUCACAAACAAACUUAUUAUUCUUUAAUUGUAUUUAGAAAGGAUCAUGCUAUGACUCAUUGUGAGAAUUUUGGGUUUUGAAUUUGUAUCGCAUCAAUUAUUGUAUCAUGUUUUUAUAAUUUGGUUUGGACCAGUUUCUUCUCAAAGGGUUGUCUAUUAAUCAUUUUAUUAUGUGUAUACUGCGUUUAAAGAUAUAGAAUCACAUCACAUACUCCA